AUGGCCUCUCUACCGCCUCGCCCAGCCUCCCAGAGGCGCUCCUCUCCCCGCGCCGACGAGGCAUCAUCCUCAGCCGACAGUCACCAGCCGCUGCCUCGUACCGACAGCGAGGCCCUCUCCACCACCUCAGAAGACUCCCAGACCCUCCUCCUAAAUCGCCGCCAAAGCCAUCGCGAAAUAGACGCCACCGAGCUCCAACAGAAGCCAGCUCCACCAGUGGCGACCUCGCAAGCCAAAUCGAAUGACGAACCUCGCAAAUGCUGGAUAUGUUUCAACGACGAGACCGAGGAUGAUGCUAUGUCCUCGGAAUGGCGGAGCCCGUGUCCAUGCGUUCUCGUAGCGCAUGAGAAGUGUCUCCUGGCAUGGAUAAACGACGUAGAGAACGAGAAGCGAAGCAGCAAGAUAUUAUGUCCUCAGUGCAAGACAGAGAUCCAGGUUGCCCGACCGCGGAGUCGCAUAGUUGAUGCGUAUAAAACCCUCGAGCACAUGGGCCAUUUGAUGCUCGUCCCCAGCGUGGUCUUCAUCUUGGGCUCGGCCGGCUACCAAACAGCUCGCAUGUUCGGAGUACACGCCGUCAAUGAGAUCUUUGGCGUCCAGGACGGCUUCCGCAUACUCCAUACGCUUUAUGAUACCCCAGAUCUCCACGAGGAGUCUGUCCCUCUACGCAUCCUCAAUCACCUGCGCGACCACUGGCGACUAGCCGUUGGCCUUCCCGUCAUUCCCACAGUGCUAAUCGCAUCUCGGACCUCCUGGGCCGAUAGCAUCCUCCCCGUAAUCCCCAUCAUUUUCUUUGCCAACACUUCUUCCCCUAUCGAAGGGCUGAACAAUGGCAACUGGCCUCCCUCCGCUGCCCUUACCAUUUCCCUUCUCCCAUACAUCCGUGGAGCCUACAACGCCUACUACGAACGAGUCUGGGCUCCCCAUGAACAACGCUGGCUCAGGGAAAUAUCUCCCCAUACUGGCGACACCCCGCCUGAGCCCCUAGACCCAGACAACGCCGACGUUGGGGAUAUUGUUGUUGAAGAGGGUUGGGGGGAUCAAGGGGUGGUUUUGGACGUCGAUAUUGACUUCGACGUCUUCGCAGACUGGAAUGCCGGCGGUGCUGCAGACAACAACCUUGCAGACGAGAACCCUCCGGUGCCUAUCGCUCGUGGUCCUGCGCCUCCUCUAAAUGCACCACCACAAGACGGCGACGCGGCGCCAGCGCCUCAGAUUCCGGUGGCACAGCCCCGACGUCGCCUUAGACGCACGGGCAUCAGCCCGACUGCGCUCGCAGACACGGUUAUUGGCGCAUUGCUGUUCCCGUCUAUUGCCGCACGAGUAGGCGAAGUAUUGCGGUUCGCGCUCCCGCAUUCCUGGACUACACCUAACGGCAACAAGGCUAUGGGAUUAUUACAAACAAAAUGGGGAAGGAGCAUCGUGGGCGGCUGUCUUUUUGUGGGAAUCAAAGAUGCGGUGUUGCUGUACGUCCGUUGGCGGAUGGCGCAGAACAUGCGGCAGCGGAAGGUCUUGGAUUGGACCGACGAUGGAAAA